AUCUUGAAACUUGGACGGGUGAGGUUGCGCGCCUCAUGCUCUGUGUUGCAAAAUGGAGGCGGAGGACAAGAAAAAAUGUUCAGUGGAAGCGAGGGAAGAAAAUGGAUUAGAGAAACAGGUGGAUGGAAACAAGAAGAGUGAAGAAAACGAGGAUAAAAAUGUAGCGACCAAGAAUCAAGAAAAAAACAAUGAAGUGAAAGUGAGUGACGUCACUGUGACGGUUGGUGUCCAGGAAAAACUGAUUAUUGAAGAGCAAAAACAAAAGGAAGAGAAGAAUGGAAAGGAGAAUAAAGAGGAGACGCUCCCGCUCAAGACCCCCCCAGUCGAGGAGCACCCGGGAGGGAAGAAGAAAGAAAUCAUCCCGGCGCGAUGGAUAAUGGCGAUGCUCGGCUGCGUCGGCUUCAUGAUCGUCUACGGCCUGAAGGUUAACCUCAGCGUCGCCAUCAUCGCCAUGGUGAAUCACACGGCAGUGGCUGAGAUGGGCGGCCACCACGCCGACGAGGCCGAGGAGCACCACGGGGCCGCCAACGGCACGGUCAACGAGUGCGGCGUCGAGGAGAAGAAGGAGGCGCUGGAGGACGGGCCCUUCGCAUGGGACGACAACAUUCAAGGACUGAUUCUUGCGGCUUACUUCUACGGCUACAUCUUCACCCAGGUUCCUGGCGGUUGGGUAGCCGAGAAAUUCAGCGCAAAGCACGUGUUCGGUGUCGGGGCUCUUUUGAAUGCCCUGUGUGCCCUGCUGUGCCCCAUCGCCUCCAAAGCCUCAUACAUUGUCCUGGUCGCCCUUAGGAUAGUCAUGGGUAUUGCUGGCGGUGUAACGCUUCCGGGCAUGCACGUUCUAAUCGCCAGCUGGGCACCGCCUCAGGAAAGGAGUAAAAUCGCGUCUACUAUUUAUGCCGGCAUGACUUUGGGCACACUGGUUUGCAUGCCCUUCUCCGGUCUGCUUGCCUCAGAACUCGGGUGGGAAUCCGUCUUCUACAUUCAAGGUGGACUAUCUCUCCUGUGGUACAUCCUGUGGCUGUUUUUCGUUUAUGAUUCUCCGGCCAAACACCCAAGGAUCUCACGGGCCGAAAGACGCUUCAUUGAGGAAUCCAUCGGCACUUCUUCCAAGUCUGAGAAACCCCCAAUCCCGUGGAAGAGCGUGUGGACCUCCAUGCCCGUGUGGGCCAUCAUCGUUGCCCAUACCUGCAGCAACUGGGGCUGGUACAUGCUUCUCGUCAAGCUGCCCACCUACAUGCGCUACAUUCUCAAAUUCGAUAUCAAGGCUAACGCAGGUCUAUCAGCUGUGCCGUUCUUGUGCAUGUGGAUCUUCACUAUGCUCAACGCUAACAUCCUGGACUUACUCCGAUCCAAAAACCUCAUCACUACAACGUUUGCUCGAAAGUUCUCGACUUUCGUUGCUUCCGUCCUGCCUGCUGUCUGCCUGGUUUCCGUGACCUACGUGGGCUGCAACACAGACCUGGCGGUGGCCCUGCUCACCCUGGGCACCAUGUUCAUCGGCGGGAUGUAUUCCGGCUUCCUCUCCAACCACAUUGACAUCGCGCCGCCCUUCGCCGGCACGCUCAUGGGCAUCUCGAACACCUUUGCCACCAUCCCUGGCAUCGUCGUCCCUUCCUUUGUGGGAUACAUGACCCAUGGCAACCAAACCGUGGAGGCCUGGCGGGUCAUCUUCUUCAUUACGCUGGGCAUCUUCGGGCUGGAGGCCGUGUUCUUCUCGAUCUUCGGGUCGGGCGAGGAGCAGCCGUGGGUGAGGCCCAAACCGAAGCCGGGCGACCCCGAGCAGAUGAGGCUCAACGAGGCCUAAGGAGGCGCAGUCACGAAGGCUAAACCUCACGGGAUCUAAGAACGCACCACUAAAGAAAUGAAUGAGGUGAAAGAGGCGAGGACGAGAGAGAACGAGAGAUAAGAAGGGAAGGACGAAGGCCUAAUCUCAGGGUUAUGAUUAGGCAUUUUUCGUCCUGAUUUGGGUCCUCUCGCAGAAUAAACAACACAAAUAGAUGUAUAUUCGAGAAAUCAUGCGCCUAGAAAUUACUAAAGUUACAGAUGUACUGAGGUGCAUGGCAAAUGGGGCAACCAGAAGGAACUGGUCCAUGGCAAUUACUGAUACGAGGAUGUAGUCAUGAUGCUCUUGUGUGGUUCCAGUAUAAGCCUGUAACUUUUUUUUUUCAAAUUUAGAAGAUAAGUGUAUAUAUUAUAUACAUAACUGAGUGAAAUGUUUGAAGGAGAAAAAAGACAGUGAAAGAAUUCUUUACUAAAAUGGAACGACUAUUCUAAAAGCAAAUUAAUUUACAUGACUUGCACAUUCGUUUACCAAUAAGGUUUAAGUAAUAUAUAUGAUUAAUAAUGAUGAGAAAGUAACCAUCCUGUAUAAAAAUGACCCGACAGGAUUUGUUUAAACGUCUAUUAUAAGUAAAUUCAAAGAAUGAAGUAGAAGAAAGCUACUUUACAGUUAAUGGCUAUAUACUCCAGUUAUUUUCUUUGUUAGCUUUCUGAAGGGUAUGCUAGUAAAUUUAGCUGUAAAAUUAAUAUAUUUUCAACUGCCUUCCUAUUCAAUAUAAGUAUAUCCAAUAUAAAGAGUAGUCAUAUUGUGAAUAAGCAAUGAAUGGAAUUCAGUUCAUCUGGGAUUUCGUAGUAAUUGUUCGUCUGGAGAUUGUUCUACGUUCUGUGAAUGCAAAUGAAUGCUAUGUGUUCAGAUGUGUUUUAGGAAUAUACACAUUUUUAUCUAUUAGUUUAGGAAUAACGACCAUCAAUGGAAAUGGUGAUGUUGUCGCUUUACACAAUUAUACAUUCAUACGUCGAUCUGCAUAAAUAGCUGUGUAUUUAUAGUAUAUCAUCAUGUUAACACGUCGCAUAGCAAGUAGUUGUGUAUUCAUACUGUACAAUGUAAACCUGUCAUAUGUAUUAUAUUUACAUGUUACAAAAAGGGAAUACUGAAAAGAGUUAUUUUUCCACGGAUAUUUAUUUUAAAUCUAUAUCUACUGAAGAGAUUCCUCUGUAGCAAGAUAAUUAUUUUAUAUCACUUUGUACAAGUGAGGUUCGGAAAAAAUACCAUACAGCAGACCGCCAUAAUUAUGUAAUGUGAAUAGAAGAACUAAAUAGUAUAAUGCAUGUUGUACGCACUGCAAAGUUCCUUGGCUUUUUUCUGUUAUUAAGAAAUGCCAAACAAAUUCAGACGGCAUCGCAAAAACUAUUGGGGUGAGUUCAUUUAUGAUAAAACAGGCCUUCGUCAGUAUACUACAGUGUACGUACGCAGCCAAAGUCUUGGUUCUGGCCGUCCUCAGAAAAGCUUCAGACCAGGGGUUCCCAAAUUGAUGUGCACAUAUCCUUGGGAGUAAGGGAAGGCAUUUUCCCCGGGAUAUUCGUCUUUCUUGUCAAAUAUGUUUAUUUUUCUGUUACAUCUGUUUAAAGGAUCAAUCUCUUUUAUUUCAGGAUCUUGCUCGCUUUGCAAGAUUCAAUAACAUUUUAUGCAGGGGUAUGCAGCUGACUUUAAUUUGGGAACCACUGCUUAAGAUCAACCACAAUAACAUUUCCUCCCCCAAAAAUAAAGAUAAAAAAAGAAAAUUGCAUUAAUCAUAAAUGUAUUUUUUACUAAUGUGUUCCAAAACCCUUGAGUAGUAUUUUCCCCAUAAACCUGUUUCUUGAUUAGUCUUUUGUUGUUUUUGUGAAAUAAUAAAGGAAUUAUUUUGAAUAAUCACUCUUACAUUUGUUUACCACAGCGUGACUGCGUACAGGCGAAGGAGCGUAAGAAACAAGUAGAAAUCCAAAAUAAAGGUUUUCUUAAGUGCGCAAAUCGAGUAUUCAUUUUGCGUCUUUCUUGUCUUUCUUCAAACCGUAUUCUUAUUUAAUCGCUUUUCACUUCGAAGAAUGACUAAACAAAGGACUCGAAAGGCUGAUAUAUUUAAAAAUCAGUGUACUACAACAUACCAAGUCACUGCAUUUGUGAAAAAAAAGUGAAAAGGCAUGAUUUUUUUUUUUUUCGAAAGCAAGUGUCCAAAAAUCGUUGUGAUAUUAGGUUUCAAAUCAAAGCAGUUUGCAACCAAUAUGUAAUAUCUUUUGCGACUAAUCAAAAUUAAAUAAUGCAAAAAUUAUUCAUCCUGUAUUUGUGGUUCUAUGUCGCAAAUUACCUAAGCACUGUGAUUAAUGUGAUUUUUAUAGAUGCUAUGUAUCAGCAACAGAAACUGUAUAUGCCGUAAGCUCUUUAUAUGUCUUUGUUAUUUCCUUUUAUUGCUUGUUAUUUUCGUUUAUAUUCGUAAGUAUGGAUUCGUUCGGGCAGAAUACAGAAUGGAUCUGUAUUAUUUUUGACCGUGUAAUUAAACGUAAUUUAAAAGUCUGAGGAGAAAGAAGCA